GAUCAAGAUUUGUAUGAAGAGUGACUUAAGGAGUUCCUAAGAGAGGUUGCAAUCAUGAUACGUUUGCGACAUCCAAAUGUUGUCCUUUUCAUGGGCGCUGUAACAAAGCAUCCCGACUUGUCAAUUGUGACUGAAUAUUUACCAAGGGGAAGCUUGUAUCGUCUUAUUCAUAGAGCAGGACAAAGGGAGUUACUGGAUGAAAGGCGACGAUUGCGAAUGGCACUAGAUGUGGCCAAGGGAAUAAACUAUUUACAUCGGUAUGACCCUCCUAUUGUUCAUCGAGAUCUGAAGUCUCCUAAUUUAUUGGUUGACAAGACGUGGAAAGUGAAGGUUUGUGAUUUUGGUUUAUCACAAUUCAAGGCAAAUACAUUCAUCUCUUCCAAAUCUGCAGCGGGAACGCCUGAAUGGAUGGCUCCUGAAGUGCUUCGUGAUGAACCAUCCAAUGAGAAAUCUGAUGUCUAUAGUUUUGGUGUAAUUCUUUGGGAACUUGUCACUAUGCAGCAACCGUGGAGUGGCUUAAGUCUAGCUCAGGUUGUUGGAGUUGUUGGUUUUCAAAAUAGGAGGCUUGCAAUUCCACCAGAUAUACACCCUGAAAUAGCUUCCUUAAUUGAGGCUUGCUGGGCCAAUGACCCAAGACAGCGACCGAGUGUUUCAAAUAUUAUGGAUUCUUUAACAGCAUUGCUAAAGCCUUCAGCCGCACAACCUGUUCAUGGUGGGAAGUCAUAACUAUCUUCAAAGGCGUGCAUAUA